GUACUAAAUAAAAGUCACAGCUGAUACCCUGAACCAUUAUCAGAGGAAGAGAACGGUUGAGGCAGGACGACCCUCAGGAGAGACAGGAAAAGAUCCUCGCAAAUACCCAAAGAGAGGAAAUUUUCCUUCCUAGACAGCCAUGGCCAUGAGCUCCCUGUGGUGGACUGCUAUCCUGCUCCUAGCCCUGACAGUGUCUAUGUGCUAUGGUGUUCCAACCUACCAAGAUUUUUUGCGGACGCACGUGGACUUCCCGAAGACAUCGUUCCCAAACAUUGCAGCUUAUUGCAAUGUCAUGAUGGUGAGACGUGGCAUAAAUGUCCAUGGAAGAUGCAAAUCCCUCAACACCUUUGUGCAUACAGAUCCCAGAAAUCUGAACACUCUCUGCAUAAACCAGCCCAAUCGGGCCCUUCGUACAACGCAGCAGCAACUUCCUGUCACAGACUGUAAGCUGAUCAGGAGCCAUCCAACCUGCAGUUACACCGGCAAUCAAUUCAACCAUCGGGUCCGAGUGGGGUGUUGGGGAGGGCUUCCCGUGCAUCUGGAUGGCACCUUUCCAUGACACUUCCCCCUUGGAACAUCCCUUAUCCUUUUUGGAGUCCCUGACCAAUCCUGAAGCUGUCCUCACUCUGUCAACUGCUUUUGGGCUUGGAGAAGAAGGUAUCAAAACCUCUGGCAUCCUGAAUGCUGCUGCUUAACCUUGGUUCCCCCUAACGCUUUGAUAGGCUCCUAAGUCCCACUGGCUGUCCCUUAUUGCCUAAGUCUCUUCUAGCAACAUUGGGUUGACUUCAACCCUCCUGAGAUGGUUGCAUUCAGGCUCACCACCACUCUCUUUGCUGCUUUUACUCACAUAAACAAAAAGAGAAAUAAAAACAAGAUUUCUUCAUCAAUAAUAUUUGCAAGGAAAUUCUUGUUGGAAUGGCCAUUAAAAAUUACCCUAAAGUACCCAUGCAA